AGCUGCGAGGCGAGGCAGUCAGUCGCUCUCAGCUACGACAUGCAUAACGCAUGAGAGCCAGCCGAUCUUUCCUCUCUCUCCUUCUCUCUCUUUCCCCCGGGUAUCCGCGUGGUUUUCUCGCUCGCGCGGCGGGUCGUGGCAGCCGUCGCGGCCCCGUGGACGCGAUCGCGAUCGGCGCUCCCGGGUGGUGGCUCGACGUCGACGCGGCCAGUGCAACGAGCGCGGAGUUCCGCGGUGGACGAGAGUGAGUUCGCGCGGUAAGGUGGAGCCGAGGUGGUGAGAGAGAGGAGAGGAGCAGCGCGGCCCGAGUGCGGAGAGACCGGGAUCCCGGUGGUCCGGUCGGUGGUCCGGUCGGCGGUCGACCGGUGCGUGGAGGCGCGCGCGCGCGCGCUGCAGCGCGGGCCGGAUGUAGGGCCGCGACCCGCGCGAUCGGGGGCUCCGGGACGAUGGACAGUGAGACCGGGUACCCGGGAGUCGAGAGGACAAGAGGCGCGGCCCGCGGCCAGCGGGACUCGUCGCGGAAGAGGGCCUGAGAGGGUUCGACGGGAGCCACCCGUAGCCCCGAGCUCUCGAGUCGGGAGGGACAGAGGCGUCCGGGAAGCCGUCGAGAGGGCCGAGGCGCCGGACCGGGCCCGGAAUCGCGAGAUCCGGGGGUACCGCCAGGGAGUAAAUGGCUGCUACCACGUACAUGCCGGUUAGUACCGCGGUGUCGUCCGAGCUGGAUGGUGGUUCGGGAUCCGGAAUCGGGAUGAACAUCGCCGUGGGCGGCUACUCCUCGGGCUCGCCCCGCAGCGCGGCGGACGCCGGCGAGAUGAAGUACAUGCCGGCUCCGCAGCACCAUCACCAUCACCACCACCACCAUCAGGUGUCGUCGUCGCCGUCGCCGAACGGGCUCUCGCACCCGGCGAGCCUGUCCUCGGCGAACCCCUGGGUGAGCCUGCAGCCGGGCAGCGACCCCUGGGCGGCGUCCAUGGGGAUGCACCACACGACCCACCAUCCGCACCAUCACCCGCACCAGGGGAACGCGAGUCUGGACGUGAAGCCGCUGACGGCCGCGGCGGCGGCCACGGCGACGGACUCGGUCCAGGGUAUGCACCACCGCGGACCUCAUCAGUCCCCCGGGAUGGCGUCGCCCCAUUCGUGGCACGCGCCCGUGGUGCCGUCCGCCCACUACAACCCCAGCGGCGGCGCCGCCUCGCCGACGACGCUGCAGCAGUACCACGCGGCGAUGAACGGGAUGCUGCACCAGCACCCGCACCAGCACCCGCACCAGCUGCACAAUCACCAGGCGGGGCUGCCGCACCACCUGAGGGACGCGCACAACCACAGCCCGCCGGCGGGCCACCCGCUGCACCCGGGCCACCCGCUGGACAGGGACCACAGCGCCGGGGAGGAGGACACGCCGACGUCCGACGACCUGGAGGCCUUCGCGAAGCAGUUCAAGCAGAGGCGCAUCAAGCUGGGCUUCACCCAGGCCGACGUGGGUCUGGCCCUGGGCACCCUCUACGGGAACGUCUUCUCCCAGACGACGAUAUGCAGGUUCGAGGCGCUCCAGCUCUCCUUCAAGAACAUGUGCAAGCUGAAGCCCCUCCUGCAGAAGUGGCUCGAGGAAGCCGACUCGACCACGGGCUCGCCGACGAGCAUCGACAAGAUCGCCGCCCAGGGGAGGAAGCGGAAAAAGCGCACGUCGAUCGAGGUGUCCGUCAAGGGCGCCCUGGAGCAGCACUUCCACAAGCAGCCGAAGCCCUCCGCCCAGGAGAUCACUUCGCUGGCGGACAGCCUCCAGCUGGAGAAGGAAGUGGUGCGAGUGUGGUUCUGCAACCGGCGGCAGAAGGAGAAGCGCAUGACGCCCCCCAACACCCUGGGCGACGGGAUGAUGGAGGGCAUGCCGCCGGGCCAUCAGGGCCAGGCCGGCCUCCACCAGGGCUACCAUCCCCAGGACCAUCUCCACGGCUCGCCCAUGGGGCACAGCCAUAGCCCCCCCAUGCUGAGCCCGCAAGGACUCACGGCACACUCUCUGGCGGCGCACUAGCGUUCGCCGGGGCCUCCCCCGUUAGGCCUCGCCAUCACCUCGCAAGCUAACUCCUCCGCAGCCGCCGCAGCCGCCGCCGCCGCCGCCGUCGCUGCGGAAGGAUUUCCGACCCUUUCCUACCACCACUACAUACAGGCCAGGGCCAGUUACUCGACCUCCUAGCUGACGGACUCGUCCUCGGCCGGGGGCCUUGCGGGGUCCGAGCGAGGCCACGCCGCGGCCGCCGCGACUUGGGGAGGCUGCCGACGGCCGGUGUCCUCGGCGACAUCGGCGGAACCCGUCGCGAGUUUUCGGGGCUGACUUCGGGCUCCACCCGGGGACCACCGUGGGUCCCCGAGGCGCCCGACGCGAAUCGCGGGGGACCUCCUCCACGUUCCAAAGCUCUCUCCGGCGAGAAUCGUCGGACUUUAACCCGGACGCGGAUCCGGUGACCGUGACCGGGCUCGCUCCAGGAACCGCUCCAUCCAAAACCUUGCGCCGGCGACCGGGACCCCACGUCCUGAGUUCAACGGCUGACCCGGAGAUAGCGAUAGAUUUCCGUUACGUUGUUGGUGGGUCCCAGACUCUGGAUGGACCUGGUGCGCCGUCGCGGCGACUCGAUGGGCCGCGUCCGGAGGCGGAUACCGCGCUAUCCGUUGUGACUCUUCAUCUUGCGUCCUCCUUGCGACCGCGACGCGGGUAGGAUCCGAAUGUUGCGGACUUUUGGUGCCGGAUAGGAACCGCCACCCAGGGAUCGGCUCGUGUUCCUAGGAAGGAGUGGCGACCUCUGGAGACGGACCAUCGUCGCCGUCGCGAGACUCGAAUUUCCACCUCGAAGUCGGCUCUGGUGACCGUGAUAGAGAUCUUGCCCGGAGUCCCGGCGUCCGGGGUCGUCCUCGCCGAGUCCACUAACCGUUGCCACUUGGUACAAAUCUUCGUCUCGGACUCGAGUUACCGUGACGGGAACCAGCUCCGCGGACGCGUCGUCUCCCUCGCGACGGCCUCUCCUAUGUCGAGGGAUGUUAACCGGGGUGGCUGGAACAGUGGACACUUGGGGAAACGCACCGUCCGAAGCAUCAUCGAGAACCUCGUGGCGCGUCCGAGAAGAACGGGAAUCGCCAUCGCAGGGACCAGCUAGGAUCCCGGGAGGGUCGCAGCAACCCGGAGUCGCCGUCGCGAAUUACCAACCCCUUCGCAACCAGGGUAAGCCCGUGUUAAUCACGGUUGCGAUUACCUACAACUAUGGGCCCCGUUUCGACCCCGCCAUCGGGAGGUUCGCGGGCCGUCGAUUCCUCGUUUUGACUCGGUUAAUAGACUCGGCUGUCGGGAAAAGGGCCGCUCCCAUAGAUUCGAUCGUUCCGCCGUCGGUGUCGCGAGAUUCGGACCCCUUUGCCUUUGGGAUUUUUGCCAACGGCCGCCACGGCGGGGCCCUCGCAGUCGGGACCAACCAGAACCACGGCCGAGCAGGCCCAUCCCCGUCCAUGGAGUCAUAACCGGCCCCGGGGCCUGAUCGCACCAGAGCCGGCCUGAUACCAUCGGGGAUCACCGCCUCUGCCGAAGGAUAACCACCAAACGAGUUCGCCGUGGAAUUAAACCGAUUUCCGUCGCGAGUGACGAGCACGCUCGCCGUCCUCGUCGCGCCACCCCUGCGCUCCGUGCGAGGGAAAGAGACGGCGCGGACGGGAGACGAGGCCGAAACGCUGGAUCAACGGCGCAAGAGAAACGGGUCGGACGGAGGAAAGCGACGACGGAGCGACGAGGAGGACCGAAAAGGUUUCCCGAAAUCCAGGGAGGGAGGGAGAGAGAGAGAGAGAGACACGAGCCACCGAACCAAGGAGAGGCCGGAGGAAGGAAGAUGGAGAGACGCGCACCCGGAGAGGGAGAAAGAGAGAGAAAGAACGAGGAGGAGGAAUACGCAAGCCUGCGGAAUUUGCCCCGAGCAAACUACCCGCGAAUGAUGUAACAUAAGUUGCGGCAUUAGUGGACGGCACGCCGGGCUAAUCCAGGAGCGAGAUUAGCGUUUCCCUCCCUCCCUCCGGCGAGGAGGCCGAGCAUUACGCCAGUGCGAAACUAUUAUGAUUACCCGUAGUGGAUAAUACGAUCGAGUUGUAAUUAAAUCAAUGUUAAACGUUGUAGCCGAGUAAGUGGGUAGUAAUAAAGACUCCUAUUUUAUGUA